CCCAGAUUCCCACGGCGGCGGACUUUCUCUCUCUAACCUCUAACGUCUCUCUCUCUCUCUCUCUCUUGCCAACCUCGCAUGACUUUCAAAAGUUGAACUCCCCAUCCACAAUUUGUUUCAGCUUCGACAAUCCUAGGGUCAAGUCAGCGUUCAGAGGAAGCUUCACUGGUAUUUGUUGUUCGGAUUCGAUUCUGGUCAUUGACUCACUGCGACUGCUUCAAUGCCUUCCGCCGUCACGCCUCCGUGGCGUGAGAAGGCUUCUGGUUUCUUCUCCUCCUCAGCAGGGGUGAAGCUUAAGGAAGCGGGGCAAUCAGCCGGAACAUUGGUCGGAGAGGUUGCCAAGGAUGCGAAAGGUAACUUCGCCGAUGCGGCGGAACGCUUUGGCUCGAUCGUGAAGACCAGAUGGUCGCUUCUGCAGGAGCCGUCGACACGGCAUGCCGUUCAGGAACGGCUCAUCUCCGCUGCUGCCACCACUGGAACGUUUCUUAGGAAGGGCGUUUCGGAGACGAAGGACAAGGUUGCCAUUGGGAAGACUAAAGUUGAAGAGGUGGCAAAGAAGACUGCGCAAAAAAGCAAGAUUAUCUUGACUGACAUUGAACGAUGGCAGAAGGGAGUUGCUAGCACUGAUGUAUUUGGCGUUCCAAUUCAGGUCACAGUGCAACGGCAACAAUCCACCAGGCCCAUUCCCAAUAUUCUGGUCAAAUGUGCAGAUUAUCUCAUAUUAUCAGGACUAAAUGCGCCAGACAUUUUUAAGUCUGAAGGAGAUAAAAAAGUCAUUCAACAAUUGGUUUCAAUAUACAACCAAGAUUCAAAUGCGUCAUUACCAGAGGGAGUAAAUCCAGUUAACGUAGCAGCUCUAGCUAAAUGCUACCUAGCUAGCCUUCCUGAGCCACUAACUACGUUUGAGCUUUAUAACGAGAUCACAGGUGCUCGAUCUAGCAUACAUGCAAUGAGAAACAUACUUAAGAGGCUUCCUAUUGCGAACUACAUGACCCUGGAAUUUAUCACUGCUUUGUUACUCCGCGUUAGCCAGAAGUCACUUCUUAACAAGAUGGAUGCCCGAAGCCUUGCCAUGGAAAUGGCCCCUGUUAUUAUUUGGCAGAACGGACGGAAACCAGAGUCUUACAGGAAAUAUUGGAAUGAACCAUCGAAAGGUCCUUCCAAGAACUUGGAUCCCCCAUCUGGUUAUAGUGCGUGGGACAUGCUUGCUGAGGAGGGUGAAACUAUAGAUGCAUCCUCUCCCAUUCCCUUGGAUGACGGCAUGCCAAUUGACUUUGGUGCUAUUGAGGUUGUUCAAUGUCUUACAGAACAUCACAAUGCAAUUUUCACGGAUGCUAAUGAAACAAUCUGGAGAUGACUUGGAAUUACUCGGUUCCCUCAUACAGCAUGGGAUUUGUCGAGUUAAAUAGUAUAACCAAUUAUUUCUCAAAGAUUGAAUACCUAAUCCGGUCCCGAUGAUCAUUGCUCGGUAGUAGAUGUAAUGUUCUUCGCAAAAGCUGGGAGGGUUACUGGAUAUGGGUUCAUGUGUUUUAAUGAUCUGGGAGUGCUACAGCGUUUAAAUUGAGUAUAGGUUUUGCCAUUAUUUGCUGCUUGAGGAAUGGAAAUCAUGUCUUUAAAAGAUUAAUCAGUUCUAUACCUUGUACAUAGUUUGAAGCUGUGAAAUUCUUGUCAUGUGAUUGCAGUUGGAUUAAUGAUUUUAUGGUGAUUUAUGUGAUUUAUAAGAUUGAUCUUAUGGUGAA